GAAGGCUCCUCCGCUGCGGUGAGAGGAAAGGGGGAGAGACUCAUCGCUCCGCGCAAACACUCGGCAGCAUCAUGGCACCUAUCGGAUUAAAGGCGGUGGUCGGAGAAAAGAUUAUGAACGAUGUUAUCAAGAAGGUGAAGAAGAAGGGAGAAUGGAAGGCUCUGAUUGUGGACCAGCUGAGCAUGAGGAUGUUGUCCUCCUGCUGCAAGAUGACAGACAUCAUGACAGAGGGCAUCACCAUUGUGGAGGACAUCAACAAGCGGCGAGAGCCUCUGCCAAGCCUGGAGGCCAUUUACCUGAUUACACCGACAGAGAAGUCUGUCCACACGCUCAUCGGUGACUUUAAAGACCCUCAUUCAGCUAAAUACAAGGCAGCCCAUGUUUUCUUCACUGACUCCUGCCCUGAUCCGCUCUUCAAUGAGCUGGUGAAGAGCCGGACCUCUAAAGUCACCAAGACUCUGACAGAGAUAAACAUCGCCUUCUUGCCCUACGAGUCUCAGGUGUACUCUCUGGACAACCCAGAUGCCUUUCACAGUUUCUACAGCCCUCAUAAGGCCCAGCUGAAGAACCCGGUAAUGGAGAGGCUGGCCGAGCAGCUGGCCACGCUCUGCGCCACGCUGAAGGAGUACCCGGCUGUCAGAUACCGAGGGGAGUACAAGGACAACGCCACCCUGGCCCAGCUGGUUCAAGACAAACUGGACGCCUACAAGGCGGACGACCCCACCAUGGGAGAGGGUCCGGAUAAGGCCCGCUCACAGCUGAUCAUCCUGGACAGAGGUUUCGACCCCGUGUCGCCCGUCCUACACGAGCUCACCUUCCAGGCCAUGGGCUACGAUCUGCUGCCCAUCGAAAACGACGUCUACAAAUACGAGACCAGCGGGAUCGGAGACUCCCGAGUGAAAGAGGUUCUCCUGCACGAAGACGAUGACCUGUGGGUGAGCCUGAGACACAAACACAUAGCCGAGGUGUCCCAGGAAGUAACACGUCAGCUGAAGGAGUUCUCCUCCAGCAAGAGGAUGAACACCGGAGAGAAGACCACGAUGAGGGAUUUGUCUCAGAUGCUGAAGAAGAUGCCUCAGUACCAGAAGGAGCUCAGCAAGUACUCCACUCACCUGCAGCUUGCAGAGGACUGCAUGAAGCAUUACCAGGGAACAGUGGACAAGCUGUGCCGCGUGGAACAGGAUUUGGCUAUGGGCACCGACGCUGAAGGGGAGAAGAUCAAGGACCCCAUGAGGGCCAUCGUUCCCAUCCUGCUGGAUGCCAACGUCAGCACAUACGACAAGAUCCGCAUCAUCCUGCUCUACAUCUUCCUCAAGAACGGUAUUACAGAGGAGAACCUGAACAAGCUGAUCCAGCACGCUCAGAUCCCACCAGAGGACAGCGAGAUCAUCACCAACAUGGCUCACCUGGGGGUUCCCAUCGUCACAGAUUCCACGCUUCGCAGAGGAAAGAAGCUGGACAGGAAGGAGCGCGUCAGCGAGCAGACCUACCAGCUUUCUCGCUGGACUCCGCUGAUCAAGGACAUCAUGGAGGAUGCCAUCGAAGAUAAACUGGACACCAAACACUACCCCUACAUCUCCACCCGCUCCUCUGCCUCCUUCAGCACCACUGCAGUCAGUGCUCGAUAUGGACACUGGCACAAGAACAAGACACCUGGAGAGUACCGCACCGGUCCCCGAGUGAUGGUCUUCAUUAUUGGAGGCGUGUCUUUCAGCGAGAUGCGCUGUGCCUAUGAAGUCUCACAGGCCAAUGGGAAGUGGGAAGCUAUCAUUGGUUCCACCAACUUGCUUACCCCAACCAAAUUCUUAUCGGACCUGCAGCACCCCGACUUCCGAGAGUCCACUAGGGUGUCCUUUGAGGACGCACAGCCCUCAGACGAGUGAGGCAGAGACAGAUUGGGAGGGAAGGGAGACAGAAAUCACACAGAACAAAGAGCCACCCAAAUCUUCACUCCCACCUGCCUGCUGGAGCAGCUCAAGGCCAUGAACAAACCAGACGAGGAAGUGGCCAGCUAAAAAUCCUUCAAAUUCUUCUCUACACAUCUUCAUCCCUCUUAAUCCUGACCCAGCCCAUGUUACCUCCACAUCUUUUCCAGCCAAAUCCUUUCCAUCAAUUCUGUAUGCAUAUUGCUUGACAAAAAAAAAAAAAAAAAAAGAGAUCUUAGAUGAAGAAAAAAAAA